AUGGAGCACCAGCAGGCCAGGUGGGAAAGCGACGGCGACGCCAUGGUCGUUCCCUACUAUGGGGUGCAGCACGCCGACGAUAUCGAGGAGCCGCCACCGCCUUCUGCGCCCCUCCUUACCAACUCCUCCUCCUCCUCCACGGACGCCAGCUGCCCCUCGGCCCCCAAAAAGCCGCGGCUGCAGAGCCUCGACGUCUUUCGCGGGGUGACGAUGCUGGGCAUGAUAUUGGUCGACAACCAGGGCAACUUCGACCACGUGGUGCGCCCGCUCGACGAGAGCAUCGUACGCCACCCCGCCCCGCCCCGCCCACCCACCAAUGCCCGAUCGUGGGUCGAUCCAGCUGACCAUUGCGCCCAGUGGGACGGGUUCGCCGUGGCGCUGGCCAUGAACGGGUUCUGGGACAAGAUCCCCGAUCGCCGAGGAAAGAUCAAGGCGUGGGCGCGGGUCCUGCAGCGGAUCGGUACGCUGUUCGUGGUGGGCCUCCUGCUCAACGCCUUCGGGAGCAACCCGUGGGACAAGUGGCCCCACUGGCACUUCCGCAUCAUGGGGUGCCGCAUAGCUCUGUGCUACGGCACGGUGACGGUGCUCUUCCUGGCGACCUCCACCAUCGUGCAGCGGGUCGUGAUGCUCUGCUUCACCGCAAUCUACGUCGGCCUCAUGUACGGCCUCGACGUGCCCAAGUGCGGGCGAGGGAAUCUGACCCCGGGCUGCAACGCGGGCGGAUUCAUCGAUCGUUCGAUUUUCGGCGAUUGGAUGAUUCGACCGAACGACCCCGAGGGUCUCCUCUCCACCCUCACCGCCACCCUCACGUGCUACCUGGGCCUCGAGUUUGGCCGAAUCCUCCACAAGUACCGCGCCAAUCAGCUCGAGUUGGUGUGUCGGUGGGUGAUGCUGGCGCUGGGCUUGAUCGGGCUGGCGCUGUUCCUGUGGCUGUGGAUGCCCAUCAACAAGAAGAUGUGGUCCGUUCCGUUCGCCCUGAUGAUGGGCGGAAUUGGCGGUCUCGUGAUCUUCAUCUGCUACUACCUCGUGGACAUGGUGUUGGCCAGUUGGCAGGAGGACAGUGCGUGGAAAAAGGCGUGUAACGCUGCGAUUCAGCCACUGAUAUGGAUGGGCAUGAACCCGCUGGCUAUCUUUGUGCUGAUGAUCUUCCUGGAAAUUCUCCUCCUGGACACCAUCCAUUGGAAUGGUGACAACCUCUGGAAUCGGAUCUACUGGGAUGUGUUCCAGUCAUGGAUCGUGCAGAAGGAGCUUGCCUCACUCGUGGUGUCCUUUGUCCACGUGGGCCUGUGGGUCCUCUUUGCCUGGGGCAUGUACACCAAGAAGUGGUUCAUCAAGGCCUGA